GCAAGUCAUAGCUAGUUUUUGUCAAUUAAUGUUGAGUAAGUAGUGUUUACAUAUAUGUUUAAACCAGAGAUAAAUUAUGAAGUUCCCCUGCUUCCUAUUGUUGGGGAUGGCUUCUGUUUUCCUUAUCUUGUGAACUUAACUGUGAAGAAGAAGAUCCUUGGACUCUCACAACUAAAUAUCGAUGUCUUGGAUGAUACUGGAAUCUCUCUUCUCCAAGGUGAUGGAAAAGUUUGGCAUCUCAGAAAGAAGAAAAGAAUCAUUGCUCAUCCUGAUGGUUUACCUCUCCUUACUCUGCGCGAAAAGACACUUUCAUGGCGUAAUACGUGGAAAGUUUAUCGUUCUGAGAGUUCAGACAUAAAUGAUCUGCUCUACACAAUUAAAAGAUCAAGCACAUUUCAAAUGAAAAUGCAACUUGAUGUGUUCUUGGCUAGCAAUAUCAAUGGAGAGAUAUGUGAUUUCCAAGUAAAGGGAUCUUUCACCAAUCAAUCUUUCAAAGUUUAUAAAGGGGAUACUUUGAUUGCUGAGGUCAAAGAGAGAUUCAAACUUGGAAGUUUCUUCAAAGGAAGAGAAAAUUUUGAAGUAAGAGUUUAUCCUGGUGUGGAUUAUGCGUUUAUCGUCUCAAUAUUGAUAGUAUAUAACGAAAUAUACGGGGAAUCAUAGAUACACUGUGUCAAUUGGCAGGUUUCUUGGCCUCUUUUCACUUUAAUGUAUGUACAAGUGUGUAAAAAUUCACAUCAUAUACUUAUAAAGGGAGUAAUUUAGCCUUU